UUGUUCUCGAUUCCCGUAGAGCGGAUCAAUUUUCAGAUCGGUCUUACGGUUGGUCUCUUAUUCCAGUGAAAACUGUGCGUGCGCGUUGUGUUCUUCGAGUGAUUCGUGAUGCGCGACGGGAACGAAUUUGUAAAAGUAUUUGAACGUGGAUAUCUCUGUUGUAACUGUUAAAAAGACUCGUGUUCUUAGGGCGACGGUUUCGCGUAGAAUGCGAGAAGUAAUAUCUUCACUGUUUGACGGCUUGUUUAAAACUGUGAAAAUUAAUAACGUAACUCUGCUCAGCAAUAAUAAUUCGGCGCGUGUUUCAAAUCACGUUAGCGAUUGCUCUGAACGCCCAGUUAUGGCUAUCCGUGGACACGGCUGCGAUAGUUAUUAAACACUACGAAAUUGUCUUAAGCUUAUUCGUCUCGCCGUUGUUUAUUGUUACAAUUCCUUGCGAAUUAUGUAACUAGCAACAAUUUCGGUGAUAGGAGACAUUAUACAGCGUUAGAAUGGAGGAAGAAAUAGUAGUAGAUGAUGUUGAUGAGAAUAGUAGCACAGAGAUUCAGCAGUCAGAUGACCCAACAGCACCCGUUAUGCCUUUAUUAUAUAUUCAACAGAGUAAAUUACGUUCAGCACCACCAACAACAACAAAUCAGACUUUGGUUUCGUCAAAUGCAACUCAGCUUGCUGCCAUUAUUAAUCCAGUCAACAAUCAGAUUGUUAGUGGACAAAACAAAGUAUUUAUACAAGGACCAAGUCAGGUUGCUACUUCUCAGAAUAAACAACAUAUUGUGAUCCAUCGACCAAUUAAUACAGUCAGUACUACAGCAACAUCACAAGGUCAGAAACACAUAUUGCUUAGAAAGUCCAAUGUAUCAACUGCACAAAUCGUGCCCUUAAGUUCCUCUCAGGGAAAUCAAAAUAAUGCACAAACAGGCAAGCAUACAUUUGCGUAUCUUGGAACUCUGAUUAAACCAAACAAAUCACGUGAUUCUGUUGUUAUCCCAGGAGCUUUAACAACAACUCAAAUAGCUAAGCAAAAAUUGGUGAUUGCACCAGUUUUAUCACAAUUAGCUCAAACAUCAACUAGUACUACUACAGGAUCUCAGAGUCAGACUGCCAAGCAUAUGGCGAAUUUGUUACUACCAGUCAGUAUUCCUCAACAAAGUGGACCUACCAAAUCCAGCAUGUUUAAUUUAAAAAUUAAUAAUGGCCAACUUACCACAGAAAGUAAAGGCACUAUUACUGUUUUACGAGAGUCAAAAACAACAAAUUCCUCCACACAUCCGCCACCCUUGCACCCGAUCGCGAAAAUGAGUUUAUUAAGUGCAAAUAAAGGAAACAGUAAUUCUACGGACAGCAUAAAAAUCACAGAGAAUCCCGACUCUGCUGUUAUUACCCCUAUUCCAAAAAAAGACGAUACUGGCAUGCCUGAGAAAAGAAAGAAAACAAUAAGCAACAUAUUAAGGGGAUCGAACGAGAAGCGACUUAAGAAACAGAAUCUCUCAAAAUCUUCACAGGACAGUAUAGUUGAUGUCACUUAUACACUGAGCAGCCCAGAAUCGGAGCAAGACAAAGACAAGAAAGUGCAAAACGAUGACGAUAUCACAUUGAUUAAAGUGGUUCCAAGCGAAGACAAAAGUGUUAAACUUAACGCUAGUAUGGAUGAUGACAUAAAAAUAGAAAUUAUUAAAACGCGCACGAGUUGUGUCGAGUCAGUAUCAGAUAAUAAACAUGAUGCUAAAAUUAGCAAUCACGAUGAUUUAAAAGAUCACUCGAACACCACUCAUGCAAAUGAUUCGAAUUUUGAUGCUGCAAAAGUACUAGACUGGAAAGAUGGUGUUGGUACUCUCCCUGGAAGCACACUGAAGUUCUGUAUGAAUGAAUUUGGUAUUAUGGAAGUAGUCGAUGAGGAUGAGAACAACAAACAAGGCAAAGAUGGUAUUGGUGAUAAGGAAAAUGUUUGCUUAACACAGAAUUCCUCGAAGUCCAGCCCCUUAACCGCUAAUAGUGUGAACUCUGAAAAGAAAUCCGAUGAUAGGAAAUCUAGAACAGUUUCUGCAGAUACAAUGUAUCACUGUGAAGGUUGCGGGUGUUACGGUUUGGCUGCUGAAUUUGAGAGUCCAAUAUCGUGUAGCCCAACAUGUACAGAAAUAAUAGAAUCCAAGAAGCAACCGUCAAUGCGAAAAGACAAAGAUUUGAAAGACUUACGUGCAAAACGGAAACGUAAAAGAUUGUUGCAAGAACAACAACAGUCUAAAGAAAUAGAGGAUAAAUCUGAUGAGAAAACGCAGGAGAAAGUUUCGAAGUCUGAAACAGAUGAGGAUACAAAAGACACUAUCACAGGAAUGGACGACGAAAGUCAGGGAGAUUCAACGGAGUCAAAGUAUCCUUGGCAGACAGGAAAACUUGGAUUCUCAUGGGCUAAAUACCUGGAACACUGCAAAGCAAAAGCUGCACCUGUUAAGCUGUUCAAGGAUCCUUUCCCAUAUAGUAAAAAUCAUUUCAAAGUUGGCAUGAAAUUAGAAGGAAUAGAUCCGGAACAUCCGUCACGAUACUGUGUUCUUACAGUCGUUGAAGUAGCGGGUUACCGAAUACGUUUACAUUUCGAUGGUUACGCAGAAAAUUACGAUUUCUGGGUAAAUGCAGACAGUAUGGAUAUAUUCCCCGUUGGAUGGUCGGAGAAGAACGGACAUCGAUUAGAUCCACCGAAAGGUUACGUCGCCAGCAAUUUCAAUUGGAAUGCGUAUCUAAAAAUUUGCAAAGCUACUGCAGCACCGAAAAAUAUAUUUUCAAAUAAGAGCUCGGUCUUUCCAACUGGUUUCCGUGUAGGAAUGAAAUUGGAAGCAGUAGAUAGGAAGCAUUCUUCGUUAGUUUGUGUAGCUAGUAUCGCAGGCCUAAUGGAUUCGCGCCUGUUAGUUCAUUUUGAUUCUUGGGACGAGGUUUACGAUUAUUGGGCAGAUGCAAGUUCUCCAUACAUUCAUCCAGUGGGAUGGUGUCACCAUAAUGGUCACAGCCUCACACCACCUAACAAUUAUAAAGACCCUAAGUCUUUUACAUGGGAUGCGUAUCUGCGAGAAACGCGAUCCAUGGUUGCACCGGCGAGAGCUUUUAAACAACGACCGCCCUGCGGGUUUAAACGUGGGAUGAAGUUAGAGGCAGUCGACAAACGGGUACCUCAGUUGAUUAGGGUGGCAACGGUUGAAGACGUAAAAGACCACAUGCUGAAAAUACGAUUUGAUGGAUGGCCAGAGAAUCACGCUUAUUCGGUCGACGAUGACUCUCCGGACAUACACCCUAUGGGCUGGUGUUUGAAAACAGGGCAUCCUUUGGAGCCACCAUUGACUCCAGACAACUUAAAUGACAGGCCAGAAUGUGGAACGUACGGUUGUCGAGGAAUAGGACAUGUAAAAGGACCUAAGUUCUCAACGCACAAUUCUGCAUCCGGUUGCCCUUAUUCCCCUCAGAAUCUUCACAAAGUCAGGCAACUGUCCGACAGACUGAACUUAAAACAUGAGACUUGUGAUUUCGAUGACGAUAUGGUGGACAAGCCAAAACCAGAAAAGACUGAUAAAAUUAAAAUGGAGAGGUCGGAGAAACCCGAGAAGUUGUUGUUUACGGAAGAACGGUUGUUGAAGACUGAGAAAGAUAUUAAACAGGAGGAUGGGGAGUUCUCCGAUAAAAACGACAAGUCUGAAAAUUCGGAAAAAUCGAGUAAGUCCAAACAUAACCACAGCGAUGGUCAAACUGACGACGAUGAACUUUUAAGAAAGAGGAAGAAAAGACGACAGAUUUCCGAGGAACCCAUGUAUUCUCUUUCAAACUACAGUGAUUCAGCGUUAACCACUGUACCAUACGCUGCAAAUAUACCAGAUAAACAAUUACGCAUGGAGCUGUAUCAAUCUGUAUAUAGUCCUGGUUAUAAUCCGCUACCGGAUGCGCCGCAUAUAUGGGCGAAACACAGUAAUGCUCUGAAUAGAGUAGUAGCGAGGCAAAACACGAAUCCUCGACGAUGGUCGAACGAGGAAGUGAUUAAAUUUAUUCAGAGUAUGCCCAAUUGUAAAGAAAUCGGAAACAUUUUCAGGAAACAUAACAUCGAUGGCGAAGCCUUCUUAAUGUUAACGCAAGAGGAUUUAGUGUCGCUAUUGGGAUUACGUCUUGGUCCUGCAAUUAAACUGUACAAUAGCAUAGUUCUUCUACGACGAAGGGCAUCGUGAAUCACGUGCGAUGAACGCACCUACAAUUGGAUUUUGAAAAGUGCAAACUGGCAGCUAUCGCGACGAUAAUGUCGAUUCAAUUUAUUUCAGAAGUUUAACGAAUCAUCGAGGUAGAAAUAUUUUCUACCACUAUUGUGAAACAUUGGUCUAAUAUCAA